AUGAUAAAAAAUUUGAUCAGACGGUGUUUGCGAUUGAACCAGCGCAUCUGGCGCGAAUUGUCGCGAAAGCCCAAUGGUACAAAAUUACGACAGUCAAGUCGACGAAGGCGUAUUGCAGAGAGAGUCUCUGAGAAGGUCUCUUCUACCUGGAAUCGGAUGGGCCAUAAGCGUGCUCCCUCUCUCCCUUCCGUGGAGUCUAAAAGUAUUUUUAUUGGUACCAAGAAUAUUUCAGUGAAGGAAGCAGGUUCUGAUGAGUCUAAUGUGGAGCGACAUGCUGUGUUAGUUGAGGACUAUGUCACAAGAUACAGUUUUCUUAUUUGUAUGCCAUUUUACAGUGUGAUACCAGAUGUUUUUGCACAGCUAGAAUUGUCGGGUGACCUCUGCGAAAUGAAAUAUCAACCAGGGAAUGCUUAUAAUGAAGAUAUGAUAAAUGCCGCCAAGAACACAGGGAAAAAUAUUUUCGCAGAUUUGGAUCCCGAUGCGCGGAAAAAUAAAAUUAACGAACAUAUCGGGAAAAUAAAGACCAUAAUUGAUACGACAACUUCGGAACGGUUGAAAUUGUUGAAGGAGUCUAAUGGAUUGGCAAGCGAGGGGAAUCCUGAGUUCACUGCUUUGGACGAGCGACUCCAGGCACUCGCCGUUUUAAUGCUUCAUUAUUGCUCUGCUUUGCAGAAACGGAAGAAUUGUAAUGAACAAGAGGAACCUUAUACGGAAGCAUAUGACGAAUUCUUUGAAGCUGUAGUAUCUGAAAAAGAUACUGUUGGUUACUCUGCUCAUUUGGGAUGGUUAACUUUCAAAUAUUGUUUUGCGAGGGGUAGGGUGAAAGUCUUGAUGGGAGGAAGGGAAAAUUCCUGA